AUAAUACUUCAAAUUUCUUUUCUCCUCUCUCUCUCGUCUCCCUGUCUGCAUCUUCUUAGUCAUUCUUAUCCGCUAAUGAAGCCGCCGCCGUAUGCGACGGUUGUUCACCGAGCACGAUCUUCUGGCUAGUGGGACGGUGGGAGUAUGGUCAAGGAACUUUAUCGAUAGUUGUAGUUAGAGUUAGGAGAGGUUAGGGUUUUGGGUUUUGAGAGCUGGGUGUUGAAACCCUAGAGAGCUGAGUGGUUAAGCUACUUAAUUUGUGCUCGGAGAUUGGGGAGCGUUUGAGAGAAAUUUCGUCUUUCAGUUUUCUUCGAUUCUGAUUUUUCUUGGCAGAUUGGAUAGUCGAAACUAUGGUGGAGCUGGAGAACUCGUCGCCGGUGACUGUUUCAACGGCUUCUGCAGAAGCAAGCGUGUCUUCUUCGGGAAAUCAAACUAUGCCAGCUGAGGCACCGCCAAAGAAGAAGCGAAACCUCCCUGGAAUGCCUGAUCCAAAUGCAGAGGUGAUUGCUUUGUCUCCUAAAACUCUAAUGGCCACAAACAGAUUUGUGUGUGAGAUCUGCAAUAAAGGAUUUCAACGAGACCAGAAUCUGCAACUUCACCGGCGAGGCCACAACCUGCCUUGGAAGCUGAGGCAGCGAACCAGCAAAGAGAUUCGGAAACGAGUAUACGUGUGUCCGGAGCCGUCGUGCGUGCACCACAGUCCGUCCAGAGCUCUCGGCGAUCUCACCGGCAUAAAGAAGCAUUUUUGCAGGAAACACGGCGAGAAGAAAUGGAAGUGCGAGAGGUGCUCCAAGAAGUACGCCGUGCAGUCCGACUGGAAGGCGCAUUUGAAGACCUGUGGUACCAGAGAAUACAAAUGCGAUUGCGGAACUUUGUUCUCUAGGAGGGACAGCUUUGUCACCCACAGAGCUUUUUGCGAUGCGUUGGCCGAGGAAGGUGCUAGAGCUCAUACCCUUGCCAUUCCUAAGAACGCCAACGAGAAUGUGAAGCUUCAGACAACAAGUUCGCCUCCUCCUCCGCCACCGCCCUUAGUGGCGCCUCCGACGCCACCGGUUUGCCCCGCAACAAAUGUAAUAACGCCGGUUUUGUCGAUCCAAAACCCAGAGCUGCCGGAAAACCCAGUCAGGCUCUUGCCGCGAACAACCGCCCCAAUGCGCUUAACCGCGGUCGCCACCACCACUGCCACCGCCACCAGCAGCAGCAGUGGCAAUCCCACCUUGGCCAGCAAUAGCAGCAGUAGCACCCGAACCCCCAGCGUGUUUGCAAGUGUAUUUGCGCCUUCUACUACAACUGUGAUUUCACAGUCGCCACAAGUAUCAUCCUCUUUUUCUAAUCUCAUCUCUGGUGCCCAACACCUGACCAAGUGCACUGAGCGACCCACCACUAGCCUCGCACCAAUCCCCACCGCAGAGCCCAUCUCCCUCUGUCUCUCCUCACCCAUCUACUUUUCCAACGCCUCCUCUUCCCUCUUCCCAGCGCUCGACCAAGACCACCACCGUCACUACGCCCAAUCCCCACAGCCCCCCGCCAUGUCUGCCACCGCAUUGCUCCAAAAAGCCGCCCAAAUGGGCGCUGCCGCAUCCAAGGGCUCGUGGCUUCACGGCCUCGGUCUCGCAAUUUCCUCCCCGACUUCCGGCCAGCAAGAUCAUGCCGCCACCACCACCACCACCAACACUACCACCACUGCCACCAGCUCAAUUACCACGCAGUGGAACUCUGGCCAGAUCGAGCCCGAGAGCACCGCAUCUGUCGCGGCCGGCCUCGGACUCGGUCUUCCCUCCCGUAGCACCGGCUCCGCAUUGACAGACCUGAUGAUGGGUCCUCCGUCAUUGUUCGGGAACAAGCCCACCACGCUUGAUCUUCUGGGAUUGGGCAUUGGCGCCGGAGGCGCCUCCACCGGAGAACUCUCUGCUCUGCUGACUUCCAUGGGAGGUGGCAUUGAUGUUGCAACGGCAGCCGCCGCUGCCGCGUCCUUUGGAGGAGCCAGUUCUCAGUCUCCCGGAGAGAAGUGGGAGGGUCCGCCGGAGAGGAAGCCCAAUCGGCCGGCGCUGCUCUAGUCCACCACUCCAAUAUAUUUAAACCCCGGCGUUAUUUUGUGACCGGUAAUUAGCAAAACAGAAGCUUCAGUUCUCCCUCUUUGUUAAAUACCCUUUUUUUUUUUUUGUUUUACCUAGUCAUUUUGGGUCCUUUGAAACGAGAAUAGAGGUAGGGAGCUUUUUGGUUUUUGGCUUCUUUUUUUUUCCCCCCCUUUUCUCGUCUUUAAAUUGUGCUGUGGCAAAUGCCUUUUUUGGUAUAUAACUUAUUAAUGUUGGAUCA